GAGAUGGCGUGGAGAUCUCGAAGCCCUCGUCGAAGAGCGAGAUCAUGUCGAUGUCGCAGGAGAUCUCGGUGACCUUUCCGGGUAGCCUACUCAAAAGCAAGCUGGACAUCACCGUGGGAAGGACGGAUUCGAGAUGGAGAGGCUCACUCAUCGCCGAGGUCCAAAAGGUCGGUCCGAAGACGAAAAAACACCUGGGGGACGAAGCACCACAGGUCGGUGAUCUGGUCGAGAGGCUGUUCUGCAGUGGCUUGAAGAAGCCGGAUGGAUCGACCUUCACCAUGUCAUCGAAGGAGGUCUCCUUGGUUCAGCGCUGCUUGAAAGGGGAGAUCCGAUGUUACGUUUCUGAGCGCACCCCGAUAGGUGGAAAAUCUAGCGGGCCGCAUUUUCCCUUCCGGCGGACGCGAAGCAUGGCCGAGGGCCAGGUCACGCCAAAAUCCAAGGUGACAUUGACGCUGAAGCGACCGCCGAAGAAUUGCAAGGACGCAACGCACGUGGUGGGAAGCCCCAGCAAACGCACUUCAUC